CUUUCAACAACAACAACCCCCCACAUAAGAUUUCCUACAACCACAAGCGUCGAAGCUUUUCUCCCCCGGUCUCUGCGAAUUCCUGUUCUUUCACGCCCCUUUCUUCCCUUCAUCCAAAGGAAGAGAAAAUGUUUUGAUUUUUUUCAACUUUAUUUCAAACAGAUUUCUGCAAUUUAUCAAUCCCAACUCGCCGUCUUCACUCUUCCUAAAAGUGAACAUCCCAAUCUUUAUAUAUAUAAUAUGUAUUGAGUUUGCCAUUUAGGGUUUCUUUGAUUUGCCCGACAUUGCUGACUGCUCCAAAUAUAUAGAGUUAGAUUUAGAGUUUGAUAAACUCUCCCCUUUAAAUCCAUUCAUCCACUAUUAGGGUUUCCUUUUCCGGGGUCUAUCUAAUCUGCUGGUCCCGGAUGAUAUGAUUUAUAUUUUUGUUUAUUGUUUUGCUGUAUUUUCAGGUUUCUUGUUUAAAUUUUUAUAACCCAGUUUAUAAGUAGAGCUGUUUGAAAGAAAGAAGGUUGGACUUGGAAUUCCAAGAGCAUCUCGUGAGUUGCUCGAGAGAAAGAUUGGCUUUUGAGGUUAGAGGUCCACGUAAAAAUUGAGUAUUUUCAAGUGGUUUUCUAUACUUGUAGUGUAUGGGUGAACAUGAAGGAUGGGCAGAGCCGGCUCGGCCGUUGCCAAAUGGGCUAUUGCCCAAUGCUGCACCUGUCAUCCAGGGUUUGGACUCGGAAAGAUGGUUGAAGGCAGAGGAGAGAACUGCCGAACUCAUUGCUCGGAUUCAACCCAACAAACCAUCUGAGGAGCGCAGAAAUGCAGUUGCUGAUUAUGUCCAGCGGCUAAUCACCAAAUGUUUCCCAUGUCAGGUUGAGGUUUUUACUUUUGGAUCUGUGCCCUUGAAGACAUACCUACCUGACGGAGAUAUUGAUUUAACUGCAUUCAGUGAUAAUCAGAGUUUGAAAGAUACAUGGGCUCAUCAAGUUCGUGAUAUGCUAGAGAAAGAGGAGAAAAAUGAGAAUGCUGAAUUUCGUGUCAAGGAAGUGCAGUAUAUUCAGGCAGAAGUGAAGAUAAUUAAAUGUCUGGUAGAAAAUAUCGUGGUUGACAUAUCUUUUAAUCAACUUGGUGGGUUGUGUACCCUCUGCUUCCUUGAGGAGGUUGAUCACUUGAUCAGCCAGAACCAUUUAUUCAAACGGAGUAUUAUUUUGAUUAAGGCGUGGUGUUAUUAUGAAAGCCGUAUACUUGGUGCACAUCAUGGUCUUAUUUCAACUUAUGCACUGGAGGCCCUGGUUCUUUACAUAUUUCAUGUGUUCAACAAGUCCUUUACUGGACCUCUUGAGGUGCUGUACCGCUUCUUGGAGUUCUUCAGCAACUUUGACUGGGAUAAUUUUUGUGUUAGUUUGUGGGGACCGGUACCCAUCAGUUCACUCCCAGAUGUAAAUGCGCAACCUCCCCGAAAAGAUAGCGGAGAAUUGCUUCUCACCAAAAGAUUUCUGGACUCUUGUAGCGCUGUAUAUGCAGUUCUCCCUGGUAUCCAGGAAACUCCAGGACAACCCUUUGUUUCUAAACAUUUUAAUGUUAUUGAUCCUUUACGAGUAAACAACAACCUUGGGCGUAGUGUCAGUAAAGGUAAUUUUUUUAGGAUACGAAGCGCAUUUACGUUUGGUGCCAAAAGGUUGGAAAGGUUAUUAGAUUGUCCGAAAGAAAAUGUUAUUUAUGAAGUAAAUCAGUUUUUCAUGAAUACAUGGGAAAGGCACGGCAGUGGCCAUCGUCCUGAUGCACCAGUUGCUGAUUUGUGGCAUCAAGGAUUGUCAACUAAAGAUCAUCUCCCUGAACUUGAGAACUUGAGGUUCAGUACAAAUCCCAAAAGAGUAAAUGAAAACUCUUCUGAUUGCAAUGCAGAGGCUGAUGGAGCUCUGCCUGAAACUUAUGAGAAUUCUACUUUAUAUGCCCAAAACCAGAGAAGUAAUAAAAAUUUGAUCACUUCAAGGGUGUCUGAUCAUGUUACUAGGGAAACCACUUCUCAUCAGGAUUUGCAUACUGAUAGAAGUCAAAGAAGUUUAAAAUCUGACAAUUUGGUAAAUGAAAUCCAGGGAAGGUUUGUCUUUGCCCGAACUCAAUCCAGCCCUGAACUAACUGACUCAUAUGGUGACAUGUCCAGUCAAGGUAGGCAUAGCAGAUUACCAGAAGGUGUGGAUAUGCAUCCUACUCCUACAAAGGUGGAUAAUAGUAACACGAGGAAGAAUGCUGGAUCUGAAAAUUCAACUAGCAAUAGUGGGCACUCUUUAAAUGAUGACACAUCAUCUGUCAGGCAUGCCCCAUCCCAUCAAAGUCUUGAUGCUGCAACUAAUUCCAAUAGUGGAUCAAAUAGCUAUCACCAUGAUUCAGGCUUAGAUGCCUUGAAUGAAGAGCUUGCUUCUACCGGUGGGACACAGGCUUUGCAUGAGGAAGAGCAAGAUGUUGUGAACAUGAUGGCGGCUUCAACUUCAUUUCAUGGUUUUAAUGGUCAAGUUCAUCUUCCAUUUAAUUUAGCUUCAAGUCACCUUCCUUUUCCCAUCUCACCUUCCUUUUUAGCUUCCAUGGGAUAUCCUCAACGCAAUAUGCCUGGAUUGGUUCCUACUAAUUUUCCCAUGAUUGAUCCUACAUUUUCAAAUGUUCAAUUUCCCCAUGGAUUGUUGCCACCCCAUAUGACCCAUUACUUCCCCAGCCUUGGGUUGAGCCCAAGUUCUGAAGACCCUAAUGAGCGCAAUAGUGAAAAUUUUAAUUCUACAGACGUGAGCGUGAGCGAUGCUGAAAAUGAUUUUUGGCCAGAGCAGGAUGCGGGCUCGACUGUUGGGUUUGACCCAAACAGUGGUAACUUUGAAAUGCAUCAGUCAGAAGAGAAGUUGCACUCUAUGCCGUCAGGUCAGAACUUUGUCGCUCCAUCUUGGGUAAGUGGCUCCAAUAGUUCCUUGAGAUAUCAGCCGAAGCAUACAAAGGAAAAGCGUGGGCAUAUCAGGGAAGACUGGCGUGAUAAUUUCCAGGUUCAGGAUAGCGGAACUAGUGAUGCUUAUGCUGAAGAAAGAAUGGCUAGCUCAAGGUUGUCAUCCACUGCUCACAGUAGUCCUCUAAGGAGUAAGGCUUCUUCUGAGAGUUCCUGGGAUGGAUCAUCUGCAAAAUCCUCAAAAUCAGCUAGGGAAAGAAGGGGAAAGAAAACAGUUGCUGCAGAAGCAGCAACUGGUUAUGGAAAAGGUAAAAUGAUGUCUGAACCUGUACCUAAUCAAAAUGAGGAUGAUGACCAAGACUGGAAUUCACUGCCAGAUAUUUGCACUGAAGUAGCAGAAAGAGGCCAAGGAGUUCAAUCGGUUUCCUCAUAUAGUGUUCCUAUGCCUUUCCCUCCUGAAUAUGAACUUGCCCAGACAAGUGGAUCAGACUCGAUGAUGCCUAUUGCACCAAUGCUUAUAGGUCCCGGGGGUUCUCAACAAAGAUUAGGCGAUAAUUCUGGAGUCAUUGCAUUUUACCCUACAGGUCCACCAGUUCCGUUUUUCACAAUGGUUAAUCUUCCUUUUUACAACAUUCCACCUAAGGCAGGUACUCCUGAUGCAUCCACAAACCAUUGUGGUGGGGAAGAAAGCAUUGAUAAUAGUGAUUCUGGUCAGAAUUUCGAUUCAUCAGAGGGACUUGACCAGUCUGAAGUUUUGAACCCUUCCCAUUCUUUUAGAGGGGCUGCUAUGGAUGUAUCUUCUCAUGAACAUAAGUCUGAUAUCCUUAACAGUGACUUCGCUAGCCAUUGGCAGAAUUUGCAAUAUGGCAGGUCUUGCCAAAGUCCAAGAUAUCCUGGGCCUUUGGUUUAUUCCUCACCAGUAAUGGUGCCCCCUAUGUAUCUGCAGGGUCGCUUCCCUUGGGAUGGACCUGGAAGACCAGUUUCAACCAACACAAAUGUUUUCACUGAAUUCAUGAACUAUGGUCAUCAUGUACCCAUUGCACCUAUCCAAUCUGUUUCUGAUAGGCCCGCAAAUAUGUUUCAACAUGAUAUGCCAAGAUAUCGCAGUGGGACAGGGACUUAUCUGCCAAAUCAUCCAAAGGUCUCUGCAAGGGAUCGUAACUCUUCUGGUACCAGACGUGGAAAUUACAACAAUGAGAGAAGUGACAAUGGUGACAGGGAGGGAAACUGGAAUGCAAAUUCAAACCCAAGAGGUGCUGGACGUGGCCACAACCGCAACCCAACUGAGAAGUCAAACUCAAGAACUGAUAGGUUUUCUUCCAGUGAGAGCCGAGCAGACAGACCGUGGAACUCCUAUAGAAAUGGCUCAUUCAAUUCAUACCCAUCACAAAAUGGUCCUAUGCAUGCAAAUUCAAAUCAGAGUAGUGGUCCAAAUGUAACAUAUGGCAUGUAUCCUCUAACUUCAAUGAACCCUAUGGGAGCGUCUUCUAAUGGCCCCCCUGUUGUAAUGAUAUAUCCAUUUGACCAUAAUGCCAAUUAUGGAUCACACGGGGAGCAGUUGGAGUUUGGGUCAUUGGGACCAGUAGGCAUCUCAGGUACAAAUGAACAAGCCCUGUUAGGUGAAGGGGGUCGACCUAGGGGAGGUUUUGAACAGCGCAGAUUUCAUGGGCAACGGUCUUCACCAGAUCAACCAUCUUCACCACGUCAUCCGAGGUAGUUGCACAUACACCAAAGGUGAGGAGAGAUGAUAGGCUAGACUACCUUUGUUUGCAAGGUUAAAGGUCAUCAGUCAUCACAGCUUUGGAAUAAGGAAUGAGCAGAAAAAUGUGGGGGUAUCUAAUGGUCUCUUGACCUCAUCAAUAAUGUAUUACGUUUGCAGGAGGGUAUAAUUGUUUUGGCAGAUUGGCAAUCGGAAGACAAGCUAAGGAAGGUGGUGAAUUUUAGGCUGGAUGGCAAGUGUGACAAGGGGGGAUUCAUUCUCCCAUUGUUAUUUGUUAGGCGAGCUUUUGUUUCGUCUGACACAUACUUGAUCAUAAGAUCCUCCCUCCGGGCAUGCAUUUUAGGAUGGCGCAGAUGCCUGCCUGCCGUUGUAUGUGAACUACUGAAUCGUGUAUGUUCAGCUGCAGCCUCUCAAAAUACAUGGAAGGCAGUUUGGAGGAAGUAGGGCGGUGACAUGAUAUGAUGAGUAGAUCUUAGUUGUCCUCCACUUCUUUGUAGGGAAACAGUGUAAACGAAAAGUGUAGUGUAGUGUAGGGAUCUAACUUUGUUAUAGUAUUCAGGUUUUGUUUUUUUAGAUGCAUGGCUGCUGAUACUAUCACUGCUGUUUGGCUUUAAUUUUGACAUUUACAGACAGUAUACAAACUAACAAACCUGAACCAACUGCAGACUACUUUUGUAAUAUUCUCAGAUGAUUUAUUCAUUUUUUGUCAGGUCAGUACCCAAAGUUUAUCCACCUUCAAUUACUA